GGUCGGUGCAGCUGUUUUUCUAAGGAGAAAGAUUAGGAUAGUACGCGCGCAGUUUAGACUGACGAGUUCUCAGUUCCUUCUAGCUUCGUAGCAGCGAAUCUAGUAAACGGUGCAAUGUUUUGCUGUCUCAAAAACUGCCUCAACGGAGUGUUGCCAGCGCAAGCAGUUCACAUCAAGAAAUCUUCCAAUCCGGUCCAGCUGGACACGGCACACAUGGGCCACGAAGUGGUGAUAAUAAAGAACGGCUUGCGAGCGUGCGGAACCGGUGGCGUUUUGGCGAAUGCACCGCUCGUGCAAUCGAAAUCAUACUUCGAGGUCAAGCUCCAGCAGUCCGGCCACUGGUCGGUCGGUCUCGCGACACCAAAUGCCGACCUCAAUCAGAAUGUCGGCGGACAGGAUAAGGACUCGUGGUGCCUAACCUCCAACCACCUGGUGCUUCACGGCGGGGACAUUAUGCACCGGUUAGUCGACAGCAGCCCGACGCCGACCGAUACGACCGGCGCCGUCGACCCAUCGGCGAGUGAUCGGUCGGUCGAACUGAUGACACCCGCUUCGGCCCCAGUUUUUCCUGCACCCUCAUCACUAGGCACCGGCCCCGGCCACGGCAGCGGUGUGCCGCAGGAAGGGGACACGAUAGGUGUGGCGUACGAUCACGUGGAGCUCAAUUUCUACCUAAACGGGCGCAAUCUGAACGUACCGGUGCUAAACGUCCGAGGUGCCGUCCAUCCCUGCCUCUUUGUCGAUGACGGUGCGAUCCUCGAUAUUGUGCUGGAAAACUUUUCCUACGGACCACCGGCCGGUUUCGAGCGGAUCUUGAUCGAACAGUCGUUGCUUUGAGUUGUCACUCCAGCAGCCGUCGUUGCUGCCGAAGUUGGCCCAACUUUCCCUUCUCUCUUUCUCUCUUUCUCUACUCUGAGGUUCUGUUUUAUUUCAUUUUCUCUUGUUAACAAUUGUUUUCGCGUUUUGUUGUUGCUAGGGUACACAAUUGGAUGAUGCAAUGUUAAAUAGUCUGCGCGGAACGAGCCGAAGGACCACUGGGAAACUUGCUUCCUAACCGAAUGUCUUUCACAGAAAGAAGCCUACUACAACCGAAAGAAACGCUCUAGCUACCUAUCUUUAUCCUUAAUCACUAUAUCGCCUCUGCCUCAAACGAACCCCCGUCCCGGGUGAAUGUUAUGGGACGACAGAAAUCGGAAGAAAUACGUUACUCUAACAUUCCUCUGGCCGCGACGUGGUAACAGAACACGAGAAGAACCUCCCAUCCUCAUGUACCCCAAAAACCCAAAGGCUUUGUACUGACCGUGUAGGUAUAUUAUUAUUAACAAGAAACGAUGGUCUAAUCCGAGAAAGAGAACAAA